CAUAUCAAGAUGAGAAAGGAUCUGGUAGGCGUUCCAGGAGUCGAGAAGUUGAUAUGAGGGUAGAGUCUGGGAUGUGUAAUGUGUGCUCCGCUCCUUGAUCAUCUUGUUUGCAUAUUAACUGAGCCGUCAUGGGGUCAAAGACAGACAAAUGUUCUGGUGAAACUUGUCAAGAAAAAGUUUUGAGUCAGUAUUCUGUUAAUGAUGCUAAGAGCAGUGCACGUGACAAUGGACAGCAUAGUGCCAGUGAAAGAAGUAACUUAUUCAGUGUCAAUUCAAUUCAUGAUUCUUUCUCUGAAAAUGCAGAAACUAAAGUAGGCUCGAGGACUUCUGAUGUAUCUAGUGCAUCUGAAGAUGUUGAGAUGCUUCCAAAGUUUAGGGACCCAAAAAAUUUAGAUGGUCAUGAUGAUAACAUUUCAUGUAUCAGUGGAGCUAAUGAUGUAAACAAAUUGGCCAAUCAUCUUAAUGGGAAUGUAGACAGAAAAAAUAUACCAUGUAGUUCUGCGUCUAAUAGCGGUUUAGUUCUAGAAGGAUGUGGAACGACACUUCCAACUGAUACAGGCUGCCUGGAUAUUAAUUGUGAUGCUAAAGGAAGUUACAGUAACUCGAGAAGGCAGAGCAGAUAUAAUGAUGAUUUGACUUUGGAAGUGCCCCCAACUGUUUUAUCAACUGAAUUAUCUUCCCCCGUGUUAGAUGUGAUGGAGACUCCUUCCUCAAAAGGUGUGGAUGAUGGCACUAGCUCACCAAAGGUACAGAGGACCUACUCUCAUCCUCCCAGUGACAAAUCUCUUUCCUGCAACCCAUGUGUGAAGGACUUGGAGGAGGAUUCGUGUUCUCAUCUCCAGGGAGAACUGCCUGAAUGCUCAAAGGAACAUUUGAAUCCAUUAUUCACAAAAGAGGCAGCAUCUGGCAUUGUUUGUAGACAGAAAUCUGCAUCAUAUAAAUGUUGUGAUAUUAGUCUUGUUGGAGUUAAUUUUGAGGCUUCAGAGAAAAUUUCUUUAAAUUUAGGAACAGAAAACAACAAUGGUAGUGGUAAUCUGCCUGCUGAAGCUUUGAACAUCCCUAAACAAAUCGAAGAAGUUGAAAAGAUCAAGGAGUCCCUUGUGUUACCUGAUGCGCAGGAAACUUCUUUGCAAUCCCAUCCCAUGGAUGAGACUGAUGAAUCUGAUAUUGUGGAACAUGAUGUAAAAGUUUGCGAUAUUUGUGGUGAUGCAGGCCGGGAGGAUUUACUUGCUAUAUGUAGUAGGUGUAGUGAUGGUGCGGAACACACCUAUUGCAUGCGGGAUACGCUGGAUAAAGUUCCAGAAGGUGAUUGGCUGUGUGAAGAAUGCAAAUUUGAAGAGGAAAUGAAGUACCAGAAGCAAGAUAGAUCUGAUGCAGUUGAUGGAAGUGGAAAGAAUCAAUCUUCUGGAGAAGCAAGUGCUGUGAAUACUAAUCUCUUUAUGAAGUUGGACACACAAAAUUCUGAUUUGGAGGGAAACAGAAUUAGUCAAGAUAUUUCAAGUGCGAAAGCCUCUGGCAAACGACAUGCAGAAAACAUAGAAGUUACUUCAGAGGCAAAAAGACAAGCCACUGAACCAUUUAUGGGAUCACCAAAGACAUCCAGUCCCAGCAGACUAGCUGCAAUUUCUCGUGAUUGUUCAUCCAAUAACUUAAGUAAAGGGAAGGUGAAGCCAGUCCAUCAAUCAUCUUUUGGCUCUUCCUUGGUUAAUGAAACUCCGGAAAUUGCUCGCUCUCAUACUACAGGUCCGCUACUGCAAACACCUCGUGGUAUUUUAAUAAAGUCUAAUUCAUUCAAUUCCUCAAAUGCAAAACCAAAAGUUAAACUUGUUGAUGAGGUUGUUCUUCAAAAGCAGAAAUCCAAUACAAAAGAGGGGAGUGCUAGAUUGAUAGGAAAAUCUAUGUCCUUCAAAUCUGCAAACUCAGGCCGUUUAAAUGCUUCUGAAUCAAAAAAUAAAAUUAUGUCCCCUAAAUUUUCUCAUGGCCAGGAUCUAAGAGGUUUUAAACAAGGUAAAGAGCGAAACUUAUUUGAAAGAAAGAAUUCUUUUAGAUCAGAAAGCCUACCAGUCAAUUUGGCAAUGGCCAGUUCUACUGUCUCUACCGUGAAAGUUGAUAAAACACUAGCAUCCUGCGGUGAAACUCAUUCACUUUCUUUUGUGAACAACAACCAUGAACGGAAGCCUGCACAAUCCGACAGUAAAUUAACCCGUCCUGUAGCUCGUGGAGGUCCUGAAAUGCCAGUUCCUUUAGGUGAAAUUAAGAGGCAGUCUUCCUGCUUAACCAAUGGGGGAGUUUCAUUGACCAAUGGAACUAGCAAUAUUGUAGAACAUAAGCCAAACCAGACUAGCCAUAAGGAUAAUCCCUUGCCAAGUACUUCUCUUACCGCUGAGAGAUCAUUUUGUAAUGUUAAUGAAAGUGCUGCUGCAUCAGAAAGUCUACCAGAGGGGUUACCUCAGUCCAAAGAAUCAACAAGUUCUAGUGAUAAAAUCAUAGAAAAUUCUCGUAAUCGCUCGAAGCAAAAUAUUACAGCUGGUGGGAAAAGUGUGCCCUGUCAGAAAUGUAAAGAAGUUGGUCACGCUGCACAAUUUUGCACAGUUGACAGUCCUCGGCCACUUGCUGUUGAUGCAUUUGCUGCAAGAAGUUCAAGAGAGGUGAUGAAUGGAGGUAAUAAAUUAAAGGCUGCAAUUCAGGCGGCUAUAGAUAAAAAGCCUGGCAUAUACAGAAAGAACAAAGAUCCUGACCAAUCUGAUGAGUUACCCAGGUCAUCCGUGAAUUUGAAUUGUGAAGUACCUUCUCGAGAUCAAUUUUCAAUUUCAUGUAACAUGAUGAACAAGUCUUCUCUUGACGAGAUAUAUGAAGGGCAGGCAAUACCACAGAAUUCUUCCACGGACUCCUGUAAACAUACUACUGUUAACAAUGUGAAACAGUUAUCCACGCUUCCUAUUAAUUCCAAAACAGAAUAUGCUAGUGAUAGGAAGUCUUCCAUAACAGACUUGUCAUGUCACACUUCAGCAGCACUAUCCGUUCUUUCGAAGAUGUCAGCUAUUCCAGAGCAUGAAUAUAUAUGGCUAGGGGGUUUUGAGGUUCACAAAAGUGGGAAUCUGCUGGAGUUAUGUGAUGGAAUUCAAGCACAUUUAUCAACUUGUGCAUCACCUAAAGUUCUUGAAGUGGUGAAAAAGUUACCCAGCAAAGUUCUCUUGAACGAAGUACCUCGAUUGAGUACGUGGCCAAUUUUGUUUCAGGAAAAAGGUGUUAAAGAAGAUAACAUUGGACUCUAUUUUUUCGCUAAAGAUAUGGGGAGUUACGAGAAGAGUUACAAGAGAUUACUGGAAAGCAUGAUGAAAAAUGAUCUGGCUCUCAAAGGAAACCUUGAUGGCGUUGAGCUUUUGAUAUUCCCAUCCAACGUGCUUCCUGAGAAUUUCCAGCGUUGGAAUAUGUUGUUCUUCCUGUGGGGUGUGUUCAGAGGAAAGAGGAAUUGCUCGCAGCAUGUGACUGGUUCUUUAAAGGAGUUUUGUUUUCCCAGAGAGAAUCCCAACCCUAUCAUCUCUUUGGCAGAUAACAUAUCACUCGGGGAUGCAGAUAAGGACUUACCUGUGCAUGACAGAUUUUUCAAUGUAGCCCUGGCCACCGAGGCUCCUGUCUCGAGGAAAUUACCUUGUUUAUCAUCUGAAACGGAUGGGGAUUGUGUUAUUAAAGUAUCUUCCCUGGACCCGAAGGGUCAAUGUGUGCAGACAAAUUUGUUGCAGCAAGACUGCAGGCUUAAUUCCAGUUGCUUGUCUAGGACACAAACAAGCAGUGAGCUGUCAUGGCCAGGAAUGAGAUGCACCAGUACUACUCUGGAAGAAGAUUUUGAUCGUAACUGCAAACUGGAUACUGAAUUGCAACCCUCUGUACAAUUUGCGAGAACAUUUAAUGGUUGUAGAGACAGCGCGAAGAAGCUGAUGCAUUUGGAUGCUCCACUCGACAGACGAAGGAUUCUGUCGCAUUCAUUUGAGAAACAUCAGGUUGGUUCUCAAGAGGUUGGUGCCACGGUAGGCAUUAGUGUGGAGAAAAAAGUACCCGACAGAGUUAAUGUUAGCAAUGAUCAAGUGAAAUUUGAGGAGAAUUUGAAGGAAGAACAUGGUUCUAUAGAUACAGAAGCUGCUAUGAGGAGAGAAGAAUCAGUAAUAGACCUGACCAUGAUGGAGCUCGACAAUUGGCAGUAUAAUCACAUGGAUACUCCAGAGACACUCUUGCUAGCUUCUUCUGCCAGCACAUGUCAAACAACCCCAUGGAAUGACAUAAAUGGUAUGUUGGUUCCAGGAACUGCAAACAAGAAGCAGAAGACUGGUUUCAAUGGACUGAAUGUCAGUUAUAGUUCCGGAGAGACAGCUUCUUCGAGAGACGGUUUUGCACCACGGAUAUGUGAUGCAGGUACCAGUUCCCCAAUCAGGGGGGAGAGACUUGAUGAAGGUUGCAAUGAGACACUGUUUCUUGAGAAUUCAGGAAAUGCUGAAAGGUACUUCUUUCCUGUAGAUACACAUUCGUUGAAGGACAGCCCUGGGAAUUGGAAAGUCUCGUCAUCAAAAGAUGAGGACCCGCGUUAUGGUGUGCCCCCAAAUCUUGAGCUUGCUUUAUGGGCCGAAAUGAAUCCGUCGAAACAGGAAAUCCUGCCUUUUUUAGACAGUAAAGUAGACAAGAAAAAUGCUCAAGACCAGCCUCUAGAGAAUUUGGCAACUAGGCAAGAUGGGGAUAAUGCUUCUGCUUCUCUUUCCCUUUCUCUUUCGUUUCCCUUUCCAGACACGGAACAGACCGUGAAACCUGUUUCAGAGACGGAAAAACUCCAGCCUGAAAAGCAACAUGUUAAUACUUCGCUGCUCCUCUUUGGGGGCUUCUCAGAUAAGUAGCAUAAAAUGACGCUCACACUGUACAUUUUAGUGUCCCAUUUCGGUUUGGUAUGUAUACCAGGAUCACGUAUGAUGAUCUUCCAUGGGUUUUAAGAAAUAACCCAUACCCAUCUGUUCAUAAGCAACACAGAUCCAUCUAUAAUUUUUCUCCUUUUAGUAA